GACGAGGCCAUGUCGACCCCGGAGAAGGCGGCCAGCGCGGCAGCCAGGCUGGAGGCCCUCGAGGAUGGAUCCCGCGCUGCAGCCACGCUGGCCAGAGCGGCCAGCGCCGCUCCGGACGAUGCUUCCAGCGCCGCGCCGGCGCCGGCGCCAGCGCCCGCCCGGUUAGCCAGCGCGUGGAGAAAGCGGCCGGCGUCAGCCCAGCCGGCUGCGGCCAUGCUGGAGGCGCUCCCCGAGGCCAGAGGCGCGGCGCCCUCGCACCGGCGGGAGGGCCGCGAGCUGGUGGUGACGCCGGAAGGCACGGUCGGCGCCGCCAAGGCGCUGUUUGAGCGCCUCCUGGCCUUGCCGGCGCGCAGCGUGCGGCGGCUGCGCUCGGGAGCCGGGAGGCUGGAGUCGCUGUCGCUCGCGCCGCUGGUGCCGCUGGCGCGCCGCCUCGAGUCCCUCGCCUCGCCCGCGCCCGCGGGCGCCGCCGCCGCCCUGGCGAGGGCGUGCACUCUGGUGGGCGUCGACUUCCCCUGCCCGCGGCUCCUCGUGCUGCCGCACGUGAAGCGGGCGGCGCUGCUGACGCUGUCGCUCGACGCGUGGCCGCGCGGCGCGAGCGCGCGCCUCGUGGUGCUCGUCACCGGCGGCCUGCUGGCGGCCGCGCGGCCCGCGGAGCUGGAGGCGCUGCUGGCCCGAGAGGUGGCCCUGAUCAGCAUGUUCCACCCGCCCGUGCCAGAGGUGUGGGCCGUGAAGACGGCUGUGCUACCCAAGCCGCGAGCUCAGUCGCAGAGACGGAAGAAAAGGGAGGGCGACGCGAAUGGCCCAGACAAGGUGGUCGCGCUCGCGUGCAAGGAGCUCGCCGAGCUCUGCCGCGCGCACUUCGGCCUCGGCUUGCUGUCCCAGCACGCGGGCCAGCUCCCGGCGCAGCUGCGCGGGCCCGCCGCCGGGCUGGCGGCUCGGCUGCGGCUGCCCUGGCCGCUGUCCGACGUGGUGGACGCGGUGGGCAUGAAGUUCGGGCCGGCGCGGGAGCUGGAGCGGGAGCUGCAGCUGCGCCGCUACGUGCUGGGCGGCGCCCCCCCCGUGGAGCCGUCGAGCGCGGGCGGGCGGGGCCAGCAGUCGAGCCUCACCGACGUGAAGCGCCUGGCGUUGGGCCGCCGGAAGCGCCGGCAGUCCCCGGUCAAGCUUCUGCUGGCGGGUCGCAUGGGGGCAAGGCUGGGUCAAGAGGAGUUGUCGAGGAUCCAGGUGCCAGGAAAUCUGUGGUCCUGGCCCAACGAGGCCUCCCCCAUUCCUUCCAUGCAGAGUGCCCUCCGCCAUAUUGCCGGGCGACUCGCUGAGGGGGUCUCGACGGGCUUUGUCGUGUGGGCUGGACGGCCCAAUUGCCCGCACUGCGAGUGCUCACCAGUGCUGAACUGCCCACCCCUGACCUGCUCGACCGGCGACGUGGCCCACACCUCGCCGCUGACCCCUUUCUCGCUGGGCCUCACGUGUGCCUGCGUGGCCUUCGUGGCGUUCUCCGCUGGCCUGCUUGACAAGCGUGAGGGCCAGGACCGAGCUGAACCCCGAGGACCUGGGCGCGACCGCCCGAGCUCAGGUGGCACAGUAUCGGUCGAGGGCGUUGGCACUAUGAUACAGCCUGCUGUCGCUGGUGGCCACCCGCUCACGGUCUCGCACGACCUGCAGGUGGACGACUUCUGUGUGGUGAGGUACAACGUCGGGGGCCCAUAUCCGUACCACGAGCGGCUAGCCACCUACCUGCCGCCUCAAGCUGGGCUGGCCGUCCCAGUCACCACCCCCGAUGGUGACGAAUAUGAAGAAGUGGGGAGCAUGCCGGACAUCGUCGAGUGGGAGCCGCUGCCGAAUCGGCAGCAGGGAGGCGACCUGCUGGGUCGGCCCGGGACUCGACACUACCGCUUCCGGGCUGGUGCGAUGCCGACGGCCGCGAGCCUCACGGCGUCGACCACGGCCGCGGCCGCCAGGCUGGGCCAGCCCGCACCUGUGGGGCCCGUCGCGCCGGCCCUCGGUGGGCGCAUUGCCGAGCUGCCAGCGGGAGGUGCCACGCCAGGCGCGCCCGUGGCCAGAGGCGCCUUCGCACCGCCCGGUGCUGUGCCAGGCCGCCGGCGGCAGCCGCCGCCGCCGCUCUCGGAGGCGUGGCCCCAGCGGCCGGGCUCGGCGGCCUCGCGGCAGCGCUCGGCGGACCAGCAGCGGGGGCACCUGCAGGAGUUCUUGUCCCCGCUCCACUUCCGCCGGCUGCUCCUGCCUCAGCCGGCGCCGCAGCCGCCGCGGCCCCAGGGGCCGACGCGGCGCCCCUCGGUGCUGCCGUCGGCGCGCCCUGGCGGCCACGUCCAGGACGCUUGGACGCUCCCGGUGGUCUACGACAUGGUGGGCAUCAGGCGGCGGGAGUUCCGCGACGCGGUGCUAACGUGUCGGGGGGACCAGUGGGAAGGGUGGCCUGUGCGCGGCCCCCGCACCACGCACUGGGACCUCCGGUACAUCGUCGACCACGGCGGGGCCCCAACUGGGAUGCACGCUCGGUGGCGCAGCGAGGCUCGUCUCCAGGAGCACGAACCUGGAGUGCAGGAGCACGAACGCGCUUGCAGAGCGCUGGGGAAGCUGCUCUGCUUCGACCAGUGCAACGGGGCGAACCUGGCGGCCGCGGAGCUGCUCACUCGCGCCUUCCUGAUGCUGCAGGAGCGCUACCGGGACAGGAGGGCAGGCGGCUCGGCCAGCGGCGGCCCCGACAGCGUGGACGCGCAUCUCUGCAUGGGCAGCGAGCUCACGAGGGGAGGAGUGCGCGUGCGCCCGCUCCCCCAGGAGUGGGUCAGCUCCCAGCUGGCCAAAGAGCAGGUGCCGCUGAAGGAGCGCCGCGAGGCGCGAGAGGAGAGGGAGCUUGCGAUGAAGGGCAACAAGAAGAAGGACCGGCCGACGGUCCCCGCCAAUGCCGGACAGCGGCACGCAGUGGAUCACGUCGAGUCUCGAGUACGUGCACUUGGCAAGCCCCCACCUGAGGCAGGUUUUCUUCGCGAGGGAGCCCUGCGUGAGCUCCUCGCUGGGACGGGGAUCUACCAGACGGGUGAUCUCUCCUCCCGACGGCCGUAUGUCAAGGAGUCCAUUUCCUGGCCCUCGCCCGACCUGCAGCCAGUCCCACCGGCCGCCUGCCUUGGCGAGGCCGAAUCUGAGUGCCUGGGCCGCCGGCAGAGCACCCUGCUCAGGCCAGAUAGACCUACAGCUGCUGAGCGCGCUGAGUUCUGCCCUCACGGACCUCUUUUCGACCCCAGUCUCUUCAGUAAGCCUCUGCUCUACGCCGACUUUGUCGCCAAGUUGCUGGCUCGCGGGAUGAACCCUGGGCGCGACACCUACAUGGCCUCAGGUGAUAUCGACAAUGCCUUCUACAGACUACGACUGCCUGACGGGCUGUCCUCGCACUUCAGACUACCCGCCCUGGAUGCCAGCCUGCUCGGGAUCACGCACCUGGACGGGGUCCCGCUCGCGCGAGGGGCGCGAGUGCAGCCCUGCGUGUGCGUCCUGCCGAUGGGCUGGAGCCAUGCGCUGGCCCUCUGUCAGGGCGCGCUGCGACGCGCCAUGGACACCGCGGGGUUCACCGUGGACCAGUGCAUCGAGGACGGGAAGGCGGGGGUCGUGGUCGACCGGGAGGGCGCCUCGCCGGUCGCCGGCUACGUCGACAAUUACGCCGCCCUGGGACGCCCCCCGGCCCUCGUCGACCAGGCCGCCCUUGCCAUCACGCGCGUGCUGACGGAGAAAGGGCUUCUCACUCACGAUGAGGAGCCUGCCGCACGGGACGCCACAUUCGUAGGGCUAGAGCUGAAGAGAGGGCGAUAUCUUUCGAUCAAGGCCAGGAGCAUUUGGAGACUUCGUUUCGGUUUGGACGCUUUGCGCAGAAGCGGUUUUUGUUCUGGAGACGCCCUCAGGGUCAUCAUUGGGCACUUCACGUGGGCGGGGUUGAUACGGCGAGAAGUCCUCUCUUUGCUCAACGCCAGUUACCCGUUUGCCGAGCGGAUCGGGUCUCGGCAGGCGCGUCUUUGGAGAUCGGUGCGACGCGAGCUCUGGCGAGCACGCUGUAUCUUACCGCUGCUCAGCGUUGACGUCAGCGCAGGGCGGUGGCCAGAGGUGGCCGCCUCUGCGUCUCUGUUCGGUCUCGGCGUCACUGUCCGAAAAGCUCCCACUUCGCUGGUAUCAUCGAUCGGCCGAUGCAGCGAGAGGUGGCGCUUCCGAGUUGAGGGGGCCCAGCGGGCCCGCGAGCAUGCUCUUCAUCAGACGGCUGUGGACUCCACUGGUGACCCCGACAAGGCCCUCGAGAACCUGCUGGUCGACAACCCCGUGGCUUUCGACGAGGCCGCUGUCGAGCGGGCGCAGAACGCCCAGCUCGCGGCAGCCUCGACGGUGCGGACCUUCGGCCUCUCGGGCCUCGAGUCCGCGGCGAUCCGCCCGAGCACGCAGAGGCAGUGCCACGACCGCUCGGCGACGCUGGUCCUCUUCUGCCGGAUGUACCGCCUGGACUGGGACAGCUGGGAGUCGCUGGACAGUGCCGUCACCGUGCACAACGACGUCUUCAGCUUCGGGAACGGUGUGAUGAUCCAGUUCACAGCGCUCGUGAAGCACGGGCUGGCCGGCCCGCUUUCCGACCAGGCCCCGGCGAGUCGCCGGGGCCGCGUCCGCCGCCGGCCGCAAGCGAAAGCGGCCGGCCACGUGGCCCGCCUGGUUCACGGCGGGGACGUCGGCGCCCACCUGGGCAAGAGGCUCGUGGCGAGCCUGGGCCGGGCCGUGCGACUCAGGUUGCUGCUGUUCCUGGAGCUCUUCGGGGGCUGUGGCCGCGUCGCGGCCAGCGCGCAGGCCAUGGGCUACGCCGCGCUCAGCCUGGACAUCAAUGCUUCGCCCUUGGAGAAUCACUUGACGCCAGCCUUCUUCAACAGGAUCCUGGGCUGGAUCUCCGGCGGGUACCUGGACCCGCGCGCUCCGAACCCCGCUGCGAACUGA